AUGGGAGUGACCAUCAGGGAACUCUCCAGCACCCCACGAGCAGCUGUUGCCCCUGCUCCACCAGGAAAGGGCAAGCAAAAGGUUUCUGAACACUCUGAGCCUAUUCUUGAAUCUUUAUAUGAGAACGUCAUGUCAGCUGAAGAUCUAUUCGACCUGUAUAGCGAACCUGAACCUAUUGCUCCUUCGAGCAAGAAAAAGAGGAGCAGGCAACAUCGCGGAGAGAGCAGCAGCAACCCUCCGACAAAAAAUACUCGGACCGUGGAUCCUCCAAUACCAGUUCCUUCCAAGGAAACAACACCUCCUCCAGCUCCCAUCGACCAGACAUCUCCACCAGCCCCUGUCGACCAGACAUGUCCUUCAGCGCCUGUUAACCAACCUCCUCUAGCUCCUGCUGACUAG